AUGCUGAAUUCUAACUUCGCUUUCUUUCCGAAAUCGACAGACAACCGUUCCAUCAUCAAGGCAGCAAAACCACUGCCAGUUCCACCACCGAACGAGUGGAAAAUGAGGAACCCUUGUAGAGACGCACAGCGUUCCGUGAGCCUUCGAAUUCGAUCCAUGCACACGUCGAUGAGCUCCUUGCCAAUGGUGUAA